GGCACGGCGGGUCAGGUUUGUGGCCUCCACAGCCUGGGUCUGGCCAGCACCUGCCUUGGCAGCCCAUCAAGAACUGCGGCUCUUCUUGCCGUGGGCAGCCGCACCAGGGCAGGCUCAGGUGCUCGUUUUGUUGCCCACUUGUGUUGGGCCAUGGCGGAACGGCCUGUGCUGGCAGAGAGUGGCUCUUCCCACCCGGCAUCUUGGGCAGCAUCACAGCCCCUGGAGGUGCCCCUCGGCCGCCCCGCCCCCUUCCACGCAUCUCCCCCCCCCACCUAACCCCGGAAUGGGGAGGAGUCGUCUCUGUGGGAGACCAGUGGCCUCGCCAGGUGGGGCAGGGGCGGGCCCCUGAAGAGCCACCCCUCACUCAGCACAGGGACACUUGUCUCCCUUGUGCAACUGCAGCCGGGCCCCUGGGCAGAUAGGAAGCCUCCUCCAGACGGCCAAGCUGCAGCCUGCCCUGGGGAUCGCCCCCCCCCCCGCCCUCCUGCAUUCCCAGCCCUGGGGGAGCGAGCGAGCGCGCUGGGGGCUCUGGCCGAAGCAGGGUUAGUGCCUGCAGCCAAGCACCUCCUGCCCAGUCCAAGGGGCGCCAAGGCCCCCAGUCAGGCCCCGCCAGCAAGACAUGGGUGGGCGCGGCCAGCUGCAGUCACCAGGCCUGAGGUCGGCUCCUGAACCACCUCCUUCCCCCUGUGUGGACCGUGAAGCCACCACUUGGGGGCCCAACCCGCUAGUCAGGGGGCAGAGGGGUCAGCGGGAGAACACAGCCCUCCUCCCCCUCCGCUGUGGGGAUGACCCACUGACCCGGAGCUGCGGAGGCCCCGAGGAGGGCAAGAGGCCAGCGCCAGAGCAAGCUCUGCUAAGACGCAGUCGCGGGGAAUCCCCCCGCCCCCAGCAGCCCCUCUCGGGAAGACGAGCUCUCCGGCAGAACCGAGACCAGGCAGGGCGGGGCCUGGGGGCGCUCAGCUUCCUCUCCCGCCGCUUAGCUUCCCACCGGAACGGCGCCAGUCCUGUCCCUGUCCUGGCUGGCCUGGAAGGACCCGGAGGCAGCCGCCGGGGUUCAGUCGGCCGUGGGGGCCCGUCCGCCUAUCCUGCAGUGCUCCCUGGCAGAGGGCGAACUGUGGGCAGAGCGCUGGGCAGGCCGGCGAAACUCUCGGCCACUGGCACAAGAACUGGAUGCUGUGAGGUGGGGGGUCGCCGCCGAGCGCCUCCGGGUGAUACUGCGUCUCUCUCCUCCGACACGGGAGGCGUAGUGGCCGCCGGGAGGGGGCGGAGCCAGGGAGACCCCAGGGGCUGCUCGGGUCUCCUCCCUUGCUCCUCUGACGGGUGCAAGGGAGGGGCGUGGCGGGGACCUGACACCCGACCUGAGCGCCAGCCACGGGGCGCGGCCGCCGCUCCCUCACUGGCUGCUCGCGCGGCGGGGUCGGGAGGGCGCUCCGGCGGGUCGCCCCUCCCGUCGGGGCUUCCCCCAGCCCCUGCACAAGCCCGAACUUGCCUUCGGGAGGGGGCGGGCCCCGGUGACGUCAGGGGGCGGGGACUGCCCGGGCUCGGCAGCUGCCUGAGCGCGCGCCUGGCUGGCUUGCCGCGAGUUUCUUGCAGCUCCGGCUUGGUGGUGCAGCAGUCCGUCCGUCCGUCCCGUCGCUCGGCCCCUCGCCCGGCUAUCCGCACGCGACAGUCGGAGGCUCCGCGCUGCCCAGCGACCCCGAGCCGCCCCUGGAGGGUUCAUGCAGCUGCAAUCCCCCCGAGCGCCAUGGCCAGACCACUGCAGGACGGGAGCCGCGCCGAGCCGACAGCAGCUGUGUCCGGGAGUCCAGCCUUCCCUAUGGGGGGGACGGUGGCCGUGCCGCCCUCCGUCUGCCAGCCCCCAUUCGCCUUGCCACCCGGGCUGAACUGUACCUGCCGCUGGGAGAGCGGGCAGGAUCCCUCCCGGAGUCGCGCCAGCGAAGGGCAAGCGGACCAGGGUGAGGGGCUGGCGGCCUCCACGGAGCCCGAGCAGAGGGCAGCCGAGCCCAACGGGCACCUGCCCAGAAACCGGCCCAGCCUGGAGCAAGAGAUCGGCGCCCGCCUUCGCCACAUGGGGGACCAGUUCCACCGGGAGCACGAGCGAAGGCCGCCGCAGCAGCCGCCCAGAGCCUACGGAGGAGCCCUCUGGGGCCACUUGGGCCACUUGGUCUUCCAGCUGCUGGGCGCCUUGUACAACCUGCCGGCAGAGGGAAUGGCCGGCCUGGGGCCACAGUAGCCCAGAGGGCAGGGCUGAGAGCCAGCCUCUCCCUUCUGCUGGCCAGGAGGAAGAGGAGCCCGAGGCCACAAACGGGAGCACACACCACCGGCCAUGACACAGAUGCCGCCGCUGCCGCCGCCGCCCGGAGGAAGCAGCCCUGGUGCUUUGGCAACAAGAGGCAGGCCUUGUACGGGGGAGAGGAAGGUCCCUUCAGCCCCCAGCCCGGCAGUGCCUUACGGAGAGGAGCUGCUGCUGCUGCUGCUGCCGCCUGGGGCGGAGGCCUGUUUGUGGCGGCGGCAGCAGUGAAGGGCAACGUGGCCACAGCACUAUGUGAAUACUGUCCAAUUGAGCCUGUACAGCGGGGGGGGGGAGAGGGGGGGAUUGCGCAGAGCCGGGCCCUUCCCUGGGCAGGCCAGCGGGGCCCUCUGUAAAUAGGGGUUUGCCAGGGCCUUGUACAGAGGGGCAGCUGUACGCUCAGCCAGCAGGAGCAUCUGCGGCACGGAGCUGGCUGGCUGUGUAUGUAUAUAGUGGGAUCUCUUUGUGCUUGUACAUAAGACAUUGGUGCUGCCUGUAGAUAGUGGAGGGGGCUGGCUUGUCUGUAGCUGAUGGGGGUGCAAUUUUGUAUGUCUCCUUUUCAAUAAAACGGGAUGGACUCAAACGCCGCCUUCCUCAGUAGCCAGAGAACGGCCUCCUCCGUUCCACACUGACCCACAGCAUCUGUGGCCAGAGCGCAGGGGCCCAGAGCCCCGACUCAAAAGGACGGCUUCUCACCGAGGAGGACCAAGGCCUGGCCGCUUUCAACCAAAGCCCUCCAGAG